AUGUCGCAAUCAUCGAAUGUGAUAACCACCCUGGCGGAUAAUGCUGAUAUCUCGAUAUCAGACGAGGGUACCAUCUGGUACUGGGUUGUCACAGGCAUCUUCUCCCUCUCUGCCGUUGCUUUUCUAGUUGGCAGCUUCGUCGUCCGCAACCCAAAUGUUCGACUUCAAUACUACCUCUCGGCGCUCUCGAGCUAUAUCCUCUCCAUGGCAUAUUUCGCCAUGGGCGCCAAUCUCGGAUGGGUAGCAGUCGAGGUUGAAUUCCGUCGAGUGGGCCAGUUCGUCGUCAUCGAUAAUGGAACCGAGAAUCCUACUCGACAAGUCUUCUGGAUCCGCUAUGCUGGCUGGCUGCUCGCAACACCCCUCCUGAUGACGCAGUUGCUCCUGCUAAUAAAAGCUCCGUUGAAACUCAUCCUCCACGAAGUCUUCAUGGUAAGCAUAGUGAUGAUGACCGGCCUUGGAGCUGCCCUGAUACCCAACGCGUACAAGUGGGCGUACUUUGUCUAUGGCUUCUUUGCAUGUGCUGCCCUCGGCUGGACGAUGCUGAAGUCCGGUUACAACCACGUACGCGCAACAACGCCCUCUUUGAAACGGGUGUAUCUCAUGUUCUGCAUUGCAGUAUCGAUAAUAUUCCUGUUGUAUGGCUUAGCAUGGGGCAUGAACGAGGGAGGCAACUUCAUGUCUCCUACUGGUGAAGCAGUCUUCUAUGGCAUUCUUGAUAUAUGGGGAGGACCGCUUUACUGUGUGUUUCUUCUAUGGGCGGCUCAUCGGUAUUAUCGAACGGAAAUGCUGCAGCUUCCCAUCUAA